GCCGUCAAGUCUAUGGAUUUUUUGAAUGGGUUUUUGCUAAAUCGCCUGAAAUAAGCACUAAAAUAAAGGUGACAUCAUAAGGAGUGUAGCAAAGGGAAUCAAGAGGCGGGACAACAGGGGCACAUAUGGCCAACACAGAAAUCUGACACUCAUAUCACUGCAUAUUAUUUGUACUACAAAACUUUGACACCUACGACUACACAAGCAUCAUAUAAAAUGAGAAGUUAGAGAGACAACAUAUUUCAGAUUCAACUGAUCAGCUCACCUGUGAAUUUAAUGAUGGGGCAGUUCCAAGUUUACCUUGUUGUUUUCUGGGCAUUGCUUCUCAUAACCAUUUCUGCAGAAGAUGACACAGGUGCAUCAAAAGAGUGUGAGAAUGCUCCCUUUGUUCCAGGAUACAAUCUUGCUGGAGAGGGAUUUGAUGUUGUGACCAUGGAGCGAAAAGGAUCUUACGUGAUCAACAUGGAGAAAUGGGAUUUAGGAAACGGCACUUGUAAAUUGCGCAAAAACAGUUACAUGAAUGGAAUAAAACAGAAGCUACCAGCAGCAGUUAAAGACUGGAGGACUUUGCCAAAGUGUUCAAUGAAAGUCACCAGUCAGAUCUUUGAAUCAAGUGAAGCACUGGUCAAUGAUUCCUCAUCAGCACUUUCGGUCGACUGGAAAGUUGGUUUAGAUGUGAAGGCUCCUGGAGCUUCGUUCGGAAGCACUCAUUCCAGGGAAGCGAAAUUUGCAAUGACAAAAUCAAAACAAGACAAAUACAGUUUCACCAAACAUAAAGUUGCAUGCAGCUUUUACAGAUAUUGUGUAGCUGAAAAGCCUCCUCUUAAUGAAGAGUUUAUUGAAGCAAUCACAUCACUCCCUGCAUCCUACGAUCCAGACGCCUACCGCAACCUGAUCACCACAUAUGGCACUCACUAUAUCAAAGAUGUCAAGUUAGGGGGGCAAAUGAAAGCCAUAACAGCCUUCAAAACCUGUCAGGCAACAGUGAGUGGGCUUACAGAUACUGCGGUAAAAGACUGUUUGGAUGUAGAAGCCUCUGGUUCAUACAAUGCAGCAACUGUGAAGACAGAAAGCCAUUUUUGUAAAGAACAGAAAAGGAAGAUGGGCACAAAUCAAAAGUUCAGCACCAUGUUCAGUGAGCGUCAGACAGAAAUUAUCGGAGGAAACAUAAAUGGAGAAGAUCUGCUUUUUUCUGGUUCAUCACACCCAAAUUCCCUUAAGAACUGGCUUGAGUCUUUGAAGAGCCUACCUGACAUUGUGCGUUACUCUCUGAAACCCCUCCAUUUCUUACUGAGUGCUAAACAUCCUGCCAGGAAAGGACUGAAGAGAGCUGUUGAAAAAUACAUAAUUGAAAAUGCCCUCAUGAAAGUUUGCUCUGAGUCUUGCAAGAUUGGCAAGAAGUGCAGUGCAAGAGACAGAUGUGCUUGUGUUUGUGAAGGUAGUCAGAUUAUAAAGUCUAACUGCUGUCCAGCUGAAAAAGGACUUGCCACCCUGAAAGUUUACAAGCUUAGAGCCAAUGGUUUGUAUGGAGAUACAUUUACACAAACAGAUGGCUCUGUAUUAGUUAAAUAUGGCACACAAAGCAAGCACACUGAGAUUAUUAAUAAUAAUGACAAUCCACGUUGGCCAGAAACAUUUGAGUUUGGUCCUAUUAAGAUCAGCAUGGCCAAUACCAAACUAACUUUUAAAGUAUAUCACUCUCAGAAAUAAAGGUACAGUGAGGGUACAAUUAAGUACUUUAAGGUACAAAUUUCACAAAUGUGCCAGCAAAGAAACAAACAUGUAUCCAGCUGAGUACCAAAAAGUACCUUUCCAAAGAAAAGGGGUACACAAUGAAAUAUGCAUGGUGAAAGGUACAUAUAUGUACCCUUUGAAAAGGUACAUUGUCAUAUAAAGUAAUAGUUAAGGUACAACAUUCACAAAUGUACCAUUAAAGGUCCUAUCGUGUUCCCAUGGGGUACUUAGAAGUACCUUUUGGGUACACAUCCUGUAGGGUACAAAAAAGUACCUUAUUCAAGUCAAAGGGUACACUUCCUGUGGGGUACUAAGAAGUACUUUUCAAGUUACAGGGUACACAAUCCUCUGGGGUAGCAGCUACUUAUGCGUGCCUUUUCUAAGACUGAUAGAGCCUUUGUCAUAAUUUGUAAAUGUGGUAUGCCUUGGACAGAUUGACACAAUAAAUGUGUUAUCUCCUGGGCGGGCAGUUUGUGUUUAUGAAAAUAAAAACAAUACAUAUAUUUCAUAUGGUAGCACAUAAAAAGCUCUAUAAAUAAUGAAUAAUCAUUUAUAAAAAUAAAUAUACAUUAUAUAUAUUUCAAUUUAUUACAAUGUUAACGGCUGUUUUUUGUCGGCCAAUCACGUCACGCCUCUCGUCUUUUCAAACUGCGGCGGAUCGCGCUCUUUUCACUCCGGCCUGGUUUGAGGGGAAUCGCGAUGCUUUGGACCGUUCCGUAAGUUACGGUAGAUAAUACUUGUUAAAAUGCGUAGUGCUGAAAAAAACGAUCAUAGAAAUAGUUAGCUAACAAAUAUGUUGUUAAUUAACGUUAGUUGGAGAGUGGCGACGUACGUCGAGCAGUGUAGCGUUAGUGAAGUGUUAGCCAGGCAGAGCGCACGACAAGCUGCCCAGCACACCAGAUCAUUAUAAACAACUAAAAGAGUGCAUUAUAAGUGAAGGAUUUAACGUGGAGCGUUUGCUUUGCUGCAUCAGGACGUUGUCAAGAAUUUGAUUCGAUGUUGACGGAGAUGAAGGUUUGACCGAUUUCACGUCAAGCACAGGAGCCCUACCACAAAUGCUGGAGAGUGCCGUCAAAUCCAGCAGUGAAGAUGAACAUCUAAGGGGACUCCCACAAUGGCUUGCUGCUCGGAUAUGCUGUGUGUGUAGAUGGAAAGACUGAGGAGUUGAAAGCUGAUUCUACCCUGGAAAGGAGUAAUUUUCUCUUUUAGAGGGGGUGGAAGACCAAGCAGAUACUAUAUUAAAAAGUGCUACACAAUGAUGGUUGUUCUUGCAUAUCUUCUGCCACCGUUGCCUGGAAGUCGAUGCAAUGUUAAAUCUGAAAUUUCAUUUCUUUCAAUUUAAUUUUGUACCGCGUGGAGCCACUAUUGCAUCCCUCUGCAGCAGUUUUGAGACCGCAUCAAAGACCAGACCACAGCAGAUCUACAUUGGAAGUUUGAAGAGCACAGCAUGACAGUACAUCAUUACGAGGAUUGACAGAGUAACCAUUCCUGUGGAUGAGGGCCUGAUGUGCUGUGGACAAUAUAUUCUAGGUGUGAAACUUGUCCUGUCCACCACAGAUUAGUUUGGUCUUUUCUUUCUAAGACUGGAGCAUCUAAUAUUGAAACACCACAUUCUCUUCUUUUUAAAACUGACAUCGUUUCGCUAGAAAACAACCUCUUCUUCAGCUGUGAUUGCGUACAGCCCGUUUAAACACUUCAAAGACUUUUAAAACUGCAUUGAUUUGGACUUAAAAACGAUGGUAACCAAUGAACUCCAUUGUUAGAAGAAAAAUCCAGAAAUGUUUUCCUCAAAAAACAAAAUUUCUCUCCCACUGAGGAAAGAAAGACAUGGAUAUCUUGGAUGGCAUUGGGUGAGUAAAUUAUUAGGAAAUUUUCUUUUUGGGGUGAACUAAUCCUUUAAGCAUACAAUGAACACUCACAGUAGCUUUUAGUCAAUAUAAAGCGUUAUGUUAUCUUAUGUUAUGUUCUUACACUGCAGUAAGUAAUGCAUUCAUAAAGUGAUUCUCUAUUAAAGUUGUUUAAAUGUGAAAAACUUUGUUUAUUAAAGUUUAUUGCAAACGAA